AUGUGGCUCGGUUUAGUUCUUCUCAUCAGUAUCUUCGGGUUGAUCAUUACUGAAAUCAUUCACCGCACCCUAGUUGCGUUCAUUGGCGCCGCCGCUGUGCUGUUUAUCCUGUCUUUACAACAUCGCUUGCCAUCGAUAGCGACGAUUUUGACGUGGAUGGAUCACGGCACGCUCGCGCUGUUGUUCGGUAUGAUGAUCAUCGUCGCUCUACUUUCCCGCACUGGCGUGUUCGAGUAUAUAUCCGUACAUAUUGUCGAGUACUCAAAGGGUAGCAUGUGGCGCUUGUUCUUCAUGCUCAUGAUAUUCGACGCAGUGUUGAGCGCGUUUUUGGACAACGUCACCACAAUGUUGCUCCUCGCACCCGUGGCGCUGUCUCUGUGCAAAGCUUUGAACAUUGAUCCGCGUCCACUUUUGAUUCCGCUCUCCAUUUUCGGUAACAUUGGUGGAUGUUCCACACUCAUUGGUGAUCCUCCGAACAUUAUCAUCGGAAACGCGCUCAAGGAGCACAUCGGUUUUGUCGACUUUUUACGAGUCCUCGGUCCGGGGGUCUUGCUCACGAUGCCGUUUAUUUUCGCUUUUGUCAAGUGGUACUACGGUGACGCAUUGUUUGGUCAAAAGAUCAACGUCGACAUCGACGAAUUGCGCGCAAAGUAUCCCAUACGCGACAUGAACUUGCUCAUUCGCAGCGGAACGAUUUUGAUUUUUGUCAUUUUGCUAUUCUUUUUGCACCCCGUGAUGCACAUGGAACCGGCGUACGUUGCGGUUUUCGGUGCGAUCGCAAUACUUCUCACAGGAAGCCACGAUGAGUUUGAGUACGCGCUCGAAAAAGUUGAGUGGGACUCUUUGUUGUUUUUCGCGGGCUUGUUUGUGUUCACCGAGGGCAUCGCUAAGCUCGGCUUGCUCAGAGCCAUCGCCGAUGAGCUCUCGACGCUCAUCGCCUCCUUCCCUAUCGGGCAGCGUCAGAUCGGCGCCAUGUUGCUGGUGGAGCUCGUCGCUGGUAUCGCGAGCGCAUUCGUGGAUAACAUUCCAUUCACCACGACCAUGCUUCCGGUCAUCAUACAAAUGAGCGAAAACGUACAGGGCAUCUCCAUCGAAGCGCUCGCGUGGGCCCUCUGCUUCGGCGCCGACUUCGGCGGCAUCGGAACUUUGAUCGGCUCUUCCGCCAACAUCGUGAUGGCUGGUAUUGCCGCCGAAGCUGGUUUUCCCAUCACCUUCAAGUCCUUCUUCCGAAUCGGCUGGCCCGUGAUGUGCAUCUCCUUGUGUAUCGCCGGCGCCUACCUCGCCGCGCUUGAAGGCGCUGGGACUUUCAAAGUCAAAGACGACGACAGCGCGUCCUACAGCUGA